UCGAUUUUGGCCGCGCGCGCGCCGACGGCCCUUUUGAGGCUAAAUCUUGUGCCCUUUCAUCCUGCUAGCUUCUCCUCGAGCUCGCUCUGGCACGGCACGGCACGGCGGUCGAGGAAGAGGCGCACGAGGGCGAGCAAGACGGGGCACGCACAUCGACGACGGCAGCAUCUCACAAAGAGAGAGAAAGAGAGAGAGAGAGGCAGGGACACAGCGGGCUGCGUAAUCGACCAUGGCGACGCAAGACGGCUCUGCGUUGGUGGCCCAGCAGCAGCAGCAGCAGCAGCCACCGGUGUCGCAGCACCCACUCGAAUGGACACAGGCCGACGUCGUCUCAUGGCUCGCCACGCUGACGCCGACGUCGAACCUGUCGCGCUCGUACGGCGGCCUGUUUGCUGAGAACGACAUCGAGGGCGAGGCGCUGAUCAACCUGGACCCCGACUCGCUCAAGGAGAUUGGCGUCGGCAGCAUCGGCCACCGCCUCGUCAUUCUCCGCGGCAUCUACGACCUCAAGAUACGCUGGGCGAUUGAGCUCGACGAGGGCGACUGGCGGCCCGACGACUCGCACCAGAGCUCCGCCUCGACGAGCUAUGGUGGUCCGGCCGGCGUCCAGGCGCUGGGCAUGGGCCAGGUCUCUGCUGAGCACAUGCUCAAGGCCCUCAAGGAAAGAGACGAGCGGGUGCGCGCACUCGAGGUCGAGGUCUCCCGGCUCGAGGACUGGCUCGUGAGGUAUGCGGCCGCCGCCGGCAGCACCCGGGUCGAGAACCUGCAGGCAUACAUUGCGCCGAACCACAUCUACAGCUUCAUACCCGCCGAGAUGCUGCCUCGGCGCUCGAUUCAGCACCAGCAGUCGUCGGCUGCCUUUGAGCACGGCAUGGCAUCGAGCAGCAGCCAGGGCCCUGUGCCUGUGCACACACCCUCGAGCGCAUACAGCGGGCCAACGACGGCGACGAGCCCGGGCGUAUUUGCCGAGCCAGGCAGCGCCAUGUCCCUGUCCGACCAGGACGCGCGCAACAUCAAGACGCCCACCACGUCCUCGACAAGCGCAUUCAGCGCCGCCUCCAACGAGCAGCAGCAGGCGCCGUCGAGCUCGUCUCCGCUGGCCAGCAUUGGUUUCAGUGGCACAUCCAACGGGCCAUCGGUCCCCCCUUCAGGCGAGGCAGCGACAGAGGCCAGCACACCCAGUGCGACGCCCACGAGCGCAUAUCCGCCUGGCUCUUCCGGCCUCACCUCGGGCUCCAUCGACGUGCAGAGGCUCGCGGCCACGCCCACGGGGCCCGUCUCGUCGCUGUCGCCAUCGGCCACCUCCUCCUCGUCUGCAGCGGCCCUGGCUUCUCCAAACGACUCGCUUGCGCUCAAGACGCCUUCGUCUGCCACCACCGCCGCCGCUGUCUCCUCCACCCGAUCUGCAUCUGCAUCUGCAUCUGCAGCGCCCGACGCCGGGGCCAAGCCAGCGACGAGCGGUUCCAGCGCUGCCACGACGGCGAGCGGCGACAACCUCUACAAGUCGUUCCGCGUCACCCUCGACGACCCCUGCCACAAGGUGCUGCCGGCUGCGCUGCGAAAGUACAAGAUCUCCGACGACUGGCGGCUGUAUGCGCUCUUUAUCAGCUACGGCAACUCGGACAACCCCAUUGAGCGGUGUUUGAGCUACGACGAGAAGCCGCUGCUGCUCUUCCAGAAGCUCAAGGAUGCCAACCAGAACCCCGUCUUUAUGCUCAGGCAUCAGAACGAGGUCAAGAGUCCGAUUGCGAUUGCAAAGGCAAAGGCGGCCAAGAAGCAGCAGGCCAGCGCUGGUGGUGGUGGUGGUGGUACGCCCAGCACCUCGCCAGGCGAGUCAAAGAGCAGUGCCGCCGCAGCCAAGGCAAAGGGAAAGGUGGCCGACGCCGUCGCCAGGCUCGGUGGCGCCACCGGAAGCAAGGACAAGGGUGGCGGCGGUGGUGGUGACGAAGCCGGUGGCAGCGGUGGCGCAUCAGCAAGGGACGAGGCUGGCAGCAAGAAGCGCGACGAGAGCGCUGCACCGAUGGUCAACUCGCCCCCCGGACAGCCCCUCAUCACGGGCCCAGCGGCCGACCUGGCGGCCAACAGUCGCAAAGCCGAGGCGUAUGCGAUUGCCAUCUACCUCUACUCGUCAGAGAGGGACGACGAGUUCGACGUCAACGUCGGCGACACUUUCAUCGUCCUGUCCAAGGCAAAGGGCUGGUGGAUCGUGCAGCGCGACACCCAGGCCACUGGCACGCCCGACGUCACGGGCGUCGUCCGAAAGGAGCCCGAGACCGAGGGCGAGUUGGGCGAGGCGAUCAACGGAGGCGAGAUCAAGAGUGGCUGGGUGCCUGCGGGCUGCCUCAUUGAGACGAGCCGGCCGCUGGCAGCGAUUGUUGAUGUGCAGGCCCUUGCGACAACCGACAAGCCCGGUGACGGUGUCAUGGCCGCUGCACAGGCUCAAGCCAUCGAGGGCGGUAAUGUUGGUGACGGCGGCGAUGCCUCGGCGCCCUCUCCGCUCUCGUCUUCGGGGACACCGUCACCGGACAAGGGCGCCCUGUCUGCCAAGAUGGCCCUUGCCCCCAUUCCACCCCAGCUCAUCACCUCCAGCAGCACGCCGGGCAUCCUCCUCAUGGACUACAAGGCGCCCCAGGACGGCAUUCCCUCGCUGCCUGCCGGCACACGUCUCCGUGUUUUCAAGCGCUACAACCACUGGUCCUACUGCGUCGUAGAGGGCGAGGGCCACGCAAGGGCGUGGAUGCCCUCGUGGUUCAUCUCCAAGCUCAGCGGCAGCAGCUCUAGCGGACAGUCAUCGAGCAGCCGCAAGCUGGGCGCUCCUUCGUCCUCGUCGUCUUCUGCUGCUGCCUCUGCUAACCCCACUGCUGCCAGUUCGAGGAACGGGAAUUUGCUCACGCAGACUGCGCAGAGCCUGCCGUUUGCCAGCUCCUCCAAGCCCGGCACCGAGGGGCAAGGCACUAGGACGGGCUCGAUUCCGCUCCUCUAGACCCGCCGCUGUAUACAUCCACAACACAACCCCUCAUGUAUUGCUCUCCUUUCUCCCAUAAGCCCACAACUUUCCAACUCUCAUCUCUCCUCAAUGCUGCAAUGACACAUACCGGUA